UUUAUCUCGAUAAGAGAAAUAAAUUUCUAGACAAUUGGUAAGUGUAAACUCCAUUACAUAUUUCACAAUGCCUGGCACCAUACUUGAUUCGAAAAGUCCUUCGAAAAGUCCUUCGAAAAGGAAGAGAGCUGUAUCGGAAAAAGGACCUUCGAAGCGUGCACGAUCUGAAAGUAGUGAAGAAGAUCCCCAGGCGCAAAUUCUCCUCUUAGAAAAUGAAAUCUUCGAGUCGAAGAAGCAUUAUAACAAUAUUGCAAGGCUAAUUGGUAUUGCACGAGAUGAUUCUGAAGGUGCCGAUGCAUCAAUACUUGCCACCAUAUCGCUAUGUCGGGUUUUUACCAAAUUAAUAGUACUUGGAGCCUUACAGAAAACCAAAGAGACCUCGGGGAAAGAUGCGACUGUGAUUCAGUGGCUUAAGGAAAGAUAUUCGGAAUAUAAGAUUAUUCUUCUCGAUAUGCUAAGCCAAGAAGACGCUGCAUCUACGGCAUUGACUCUGUGCAUGCGAAUGUUGAAGAUUGAAGGGCAGCAUCUGCGAAACGGUCAGGAUUACUGUUUUCCCACAGGACUUCUUACGGAUAUGGUUCAGGUUCUCGUUCGUCCUGAAAGUGAUAGUGGUAUAAGAAGAGAGUUUAGUGAAAAAUUCGUUGAGGAAUAUGAUGAUGUUAGAUUUUACACCUUUGAAGCUAUAGAGUAGGAGUACCCCUUCCUACUUAUUUCCAUCUACUGAUAGUUUUAGAAAACUAGCCACAGUCUCCGACGAUCGACAUUUGGGCAAUGAUCUCUUUGAUACUGCUUACGAGGUUCUAACGUCAAUAUCAUCCGUUCCUGAAUCCAAGGACGAACUCGAGGACUUUUAUAUACCUGCACCGAAGAAAAAGGCACACGCGCUUUACUCCUUGACGGAACAUAAGAAGCGAGCACAAGGAGCAUGGUUAGCCGUGAUGAACUUGGAGAUGGUAAAAGAAAGAAGGAAAAUGAUACUUUCAAAAAUUACUGAGUCUAUUGCACCGUGGUUUACCAAGCCCGAACUGCUAAUGGACUUUCUGACCGACUCAUACAACUCUGGCGGAUCAACUUCAUUGCUAUCACUCUCUGGUGUCUUUUAUCUCAUUCAGGAGAAGAACUUAGAUUAUCCAUCCUUCUACCGCAAGCUAUAUUCGCUAUUAGACACUGGUAUUCUACAUUCGAAGCAUCGCUCAAGGUUUUUCCGGUUAUUAGAUACCUUCUUAUCCUCAACACAUUUGCCAGUAGUACUUGUCGCGAGCUUUAUCAAGAGAUUAUCCCGACUUACGUUACACUCCCCUCCCUCUGGCGUCGUUGCGGUCGUGCCGUGGAUCUACAAUUUAUUGAAAAAGCACCCAACCUGCUUAUUCAUGAUUCACAGAGAGACUAGAGGGGCAGAAGCGAAGAAGAUUUUGGAAGAAGAAGGGCUUUCCGAUCCAUUCCUUAUGGAUGAAGAAGAUCCGAUGUUGACCAAUGCUAUAGAAAGCAGCUUGUGGGAGAUUGUUACACUGCAAUCACAUUAUCAUCCGAACGUUGCAACACUCGCCAAAAUUAUUUCAGAACAAUUUACGAAACAUUCCUACAACUUGGAGGAUUUCUUGGAUCAUUCUUAUGGAAGUGUAAGUCAAAAUAUAACGUACACGCCGCCAAUAAGUUUUUACUGACAAUGUCAUACAGAUGCUUGAAUCCGAGUUAGCAAAGGAAGUGAAGAAGGUGCCGGUUGUCGAAUAUGAGAUACCCAAGAAGAUUUUUAUGAAGCAUGAUGUUGAUGCUGGCCUGGAAGAGUCUCUACUUGUGAAGCUGUGGAACUUUAAUUAGAUCCUGUGAGCUUUAGUGGUUAUAAUUUCACACUGGCGUGUCCUUGCUUUGAGGUAUUGUUGAAAAUGGAUCCUUCGAUGCAAUCACCGAGAUCAAAUUGAAGGUGGAGCAAAGCUAAUGAAGGGGUUCAUACAAAAUCUAUACAAUUUAAAGAUUGUGGCUUCAUUCUUGAUCAACAAAGACAGAGAAAGCGAUUUUC